AUGAAACGAAACCAUCCAGCAGCUCUUUCCUACUACUGGAGGUUGAAGAUGCCCAAAACUGCUCGUUACACAACCCUUGUCGCUAAGGUUACAAAGCAGGCCGCAUAUGAUAUGUCAAAGGAGUUGCAGAUGGAGCGAGAUAUUGCACUCAAAGAGGCUCUUGAGUUAUUGAUUGGGUUGGCUAGGAUGGAGCCUCGUUUUCUUAGAAGGCAGCUUGUCGAUAUGGUGAGCUUAAUGCUACAGAUUGCAGAGGUUGAAUCACACGAGAAAGGCAUUUGGCGAUCGAGUUCGUGGUCACUUUGGCAGAAGCAAUGGAGCGAGCUCCAAGAAUGA